AAUGGCAUUCAAGUGAACAAUUAUGGUGUGCGAAAUCUUUGUUGUUAAAAGUAUCCUUCUCUUCUUUUUACUGGCGAGCAUUCAUGAUCAAUCGGCUGGUAAAAGAGAGAAGACCGCUCACCGGCUCAGGAGGCAGAUCAUAAAGGAAGGCCGAUGUCCAUUAUGGAGCACCAUCAGGAACUGUUCGUCUCUUGAGCAAUGCAAUUGGGAUGAGGACUGUUCUGGUAGUCAGAAGUGCUGUAAGAGCACCUGUGAAACACGCUCCUGUCGUCAGCCUAUACUGCCUAUUGGACCUGGUGAAGAUGCCUGUCCAAAAGACGAAUCAACUAUCGCAUCAAAUAAAGAAAAUUCUGACUGUAGACUGACAAGAACAAGAUUCUGUUUUAAAAGCAAUUGCAAAAGAUGCUGUUUUCACUAUAGCACGUGCAACCCUCACCGCGAGAUUCUAACCUCAAGGGAAGUGUGCCAACGAGUUCUUUGCGCUCGGAGGAAAUGUGAAUACCCUGGGGAAGUUUGCAGGUUGGAUAAAUACAACUCCCCCAGGUGUUCCUGUCAGUCUAAGUGUCGAACACCUCGCCCGGAGGAGUCCGUGUGCGGAACAGAUGGCAUACCUUACAAGAGUUAUUGUGAACUAAAUAGAACAGCUUGUAUUCUGGGGGCAAAGGAUAUCACCAUCUACCACUAUGGAAGCUGCAAGCCAAAUGGUGUGAGGCUGAAAGUCAGCGCAGCGCAUAAAAGCAGGCAAGUACUUCCCGCUUAUAAAAAAGGUGAGCUGAGAUGUCGCUUCGAAGGAGAACCAGUAAGCAUCACGUGGAAAAAGGUUGGGCUCCGAGGACUGCCAAACCGAAUGAUACCACGCAUGGACAAGUUGAAUAUCCAGGAUGUAGACAUGCGCGAUGGUGGGAUGUAUAAAUGCCAGGCAUAUGACGGAUUUUUGACAGCGGAGGCCGAAAUAUCCGUCAUCAUCAACGGGCAAACUCCUACCAACAACAAAAGCAGGAUGUCUCGCGCUGAUUGUUUACAACCCCGGAACACAGGAUACUGUAAGCGGCACGCUGUUCGGUGGUACUUUGAUGGUAGAGAUGGUGUCUGCAGGUCAUUUGCUUACGGUGGAUGUGGUGGGAACACGAAUAAUUUCGAGACCCAAGAGGCUUGUAAUUCAGCGUGCAGUCAUGCGGCUGGUGACAUCUGCAGUUUACCAAAGGUUGAGGGCCUUUGUAAAGGUUUUAUGCCAAAAUGGUUUUACAAUUCGGAUAGAGGGCGUUGUGAGCAGUUUGUGUAUGGAGGAUGUGGUGGAAACGCAAAUUCGUUUAACACCAAAACGGCAUGUCUAACACGUUGUACAGCGGAUCCCUCGGCAAACAGCCCAUGCUUGCGACGUCAUUUUGAAGCCAGACGAAAUAAACGUCUCGGAGUGUUUGUACCGAGAUGUCUGUCUGACGGAAGUUAUGCUAAGGUGCAGUGUCACGGACCGAUUUGCUUUUGUAUGGAUGAAGAAGGAGAGGAAGUUCCUGAUACUAGAGGGGGUCGGCAUCUUCCGCUCAACUGCACAGGAACAAAACAACUUCCACCCGCCGGUGAUUUGACUCCAUGUCAGAAAGCCCAGCGAGAGAACAGCGAUGUACCGUUUGGAUCCUAUCUGGUUCGCUGUAAGCAGGACGGUAGUUAUGAAGAGGUGCAGUGUAAUGGAUCUUCUGGUUUCUGCUGGUGUGUGCAGAAAAAUGGUACCGAGCUUUCUGGGACUAAAACUAGAGGACCUCUCCUCUGUCCUACUUUAGAUAUCCGUGUAACACACUGUCAAAAAACGUUCCUCGACAAUUCCAGAAGCCUGCAACCAAAUUUGGCAAUACCAAGGUGUCGGCCUGACGGAAAAUUCCAGGAAGUCCAAUGCCGAGGAGAGAUUUGCUAUUGCGUAGACGCAGAUAGUGGGAGAGUAGUCAGGGAUACAGAAAUAAAUACGUUAGUUGGGGAACCAAGAUGUGGCGAUGCUGGUCGAGGUCUAACCCAUUGUCAAAGAAUGCACCAAGAGGCUCUUCGCUCUCGUAACAAGAACACUCGUGUUCCACAGUGCAAGUUGGACGGGAGCUUUGAAGAGGUUCAAUGUCAUGGGAUCAGCGAUGAGUGCUGGUGUGUGGAUCAGCAAGGCAUCGAGAUCGCAGGAACAAGACGAAAAGGGCCUUUGCAAUGCGCAGGCUUGGGGAAGCCCUUAACAGCUUGUCAAAAGGAAUACCAGAAGUACUUGCGGCGUCCAUGGUGGCAGUCCUUUAAUCGAUAUGUCCCGCGGUGUAGACCAGACGGUGCUUAUGAAAAAGUUCAGUGCUCAGGAGGAGUAUGUUACUGUGUCACUCCACAAGGGAAAGAGAUUCCAGGAACAAAAACUAUCAAUUUAGCCAGACGACCAAACUGCACUUACACAGAUGCGAAUAUAACACCAUGCGAGAAGAAACGUCGAAAUUCUAUUCAUCAUUCCCAAAAGUUCGUUCCUUUCUGUAAACCCGACGGGAGUUGGUCUGAGAUUCAGUGCGAACGAUCUUCAGGGAGCUGUUGGUGCGUGAACAGUGAGGGGUAUGAGGUUAUUGGUUCAAGAAGCACCAGUCUGAAAAGUUGUCCCACUUUUGAUAAACUAAGCCCUUGUAGAAAGAGAUUAGUGUACUGGUUAAAGAAUCCGCGGCAAGAUAAACAUCUCCCCUGGUGCCGAGCAGACGGUUCAUUUAAUCCUAAGCAGUGCUAUGGCUCGUAUUGCUAUUGUGUUAACGAGAAAGGAAAUGAAAUUCCUGGAACCAAGAUCAGUGUGUCAGCGGGAAGACCUGUAUGCACCUUUUCUGGUGGCCGCGUGACGUCUUGUCAACGUAAGUAUCACCAGGCUUUUUUGCAGUCCUUCCGACGUGUCUUGGUCCCACGAUGCAAACUUGAUGGACAUUAUGAAGAAGUACAGUGUCAGGGUUCUACCAGAGAAUGCUGGUGUGUUGACCACGAUGUAAAGGAACUGCGUGGGACUAGGAAAACUGAGCCUGUGAAAUGCCCCGUAAUAGGAGCUCAAUUAUCCAAGUGCCAACAGCGAUACAGACAGCAUGCUAAGAAUCCAAUCCCUGGUCAAAUUAUUCCUAGAUGUAAAGACAAUGGGUCUUUCGAAUCCCUACAGUGCCGAAAUCUUGACUGUUAUUGUGUCGAUGAAAAUGGAGAUCCGAUUGCGGGAACAUCUUUACCUGCUAGGCUUGGAAAGCCGAAAUGUGGCUUUCCAGGUGAAGAUCCUCUUUCGUCCUGUCAGAAACAGCAUAUGGCGGCUCUUAAAUUCCCAGCAACACCUUCCCGCUUCAUCCCUUCUUGCAAACGCGAUGGCAGGUUUGAAGAGAUUCAGUGUCUUCGAGCCACAGGUGAAUGUUGGUGUGUGAACAAUUCUGGAGAGGAAAUGAAAGGAACAAGGACGACUGGCUACCUGAUGUGUCCGUCGUCAGCUGCUUCUCCCACACCAUGCCAAGAGGAAUAUCAAGAGAGACUUAGGAGCUGGCUAUUACCAGGCCCUCAUAUUCCUCAGUGUUCCCACCAAGGACUAUAUGAACCCAUGCAGUGUUAUCAAUCGUAUUGUUUCUGUGUCAAUGAACAUGGAGUCGAAUUGGUAGGAAGCCGAAUAGAUAUAACAGAAGGAAAACCGAAAUGCAGUAAUGGAGUUUCUACGUUGACGGUGUGUCAGAAACAGUUGCAAGGCUAUCUUCGGAAUCCUAUGCCUAAUGGUUUCGAACCGCACUGUAGUAAGACUGGCGCCUUCCAAGAAAUUCAGUGCCAUGGUUCGUUUUGUUUUUGCGUCAAUCGAGAGGGGAUUGAGGUACCAGGGACGAGGCAAACUCUGGUUAUGGGUAAGCCAGUCUGCUCAAGGCCAGGCUCCUCAUUGACAAGUUGCCAAAAGCAGUUACAGGAAGCAAUAAACCUUUCGCCAGAUCCUGACAAAUUUGUGCCUCGAUGUAAAUAUGACGGUAGUUACGAGGAUAUACAAUGCCACAAGCCAACUGGGAAAUGUUGGUGUGCGGACCGAGACGGAAACAUACUUCCCUCCACAGCUACAGGUGAAAACGUCACGUGCCCCUAUACAGCUGACACCAAAUCAUUCUGCUGGAGUCGCUAUCAACAAAAUAUCAGAAACAGUCCGGUUGGGUCUCAUAUUCCUUGGUGUAGAGCUGAUGGAAGUUUCAUCCCUUUCCAAGUCCAGGCGUCUCAAUUUUUUUGUGUAAACAGAAGAGGAGAAGAACUUCCCGGCAUGAGUGUUGACAUUAGCUUUGGAAAGCCAGACUGCCGUGCUGCAAAAACCUACGGAUUUAUAGCAACACCCUGCCAACGUGAACGCGGUCGUCGUAUGCAUCUGUCUUCAUAUGUUCCCCGUUGCCAGGUUGAUGGUACUUAUGAUGAAGUACAGUGUGAUGUAACUGAUAAUCAAUGUUGGUGCGUGGAUCGAGAUGGUAGGGAGAUAAACGGUACCAGAGGUGAAGGCGUCAUUCGAUGUCCAAGUAAAGAAAAUCUCACAUCUUGCCAAAAGCGUCAAAAGGAAGCCAUCGAACGAUCCUCAAAUGGACCUAACGCUUGGAACUUCGUGCCGAGAUGCAGACAAGAUGGAGGUUUUCACGAGGUCCAAUGUCACGUGGGCGCAGGCCAGUGCUGGUGUGUGGACAUAAAUGGAAAUGAACGUUUAGGGACAGCAACUCGGGGAAUACCUGAUUGUUCAGAAAACUUCACCGCUUGCCAGCGUCAUAGAGCACGAGCACUUGGUAUGGCGGGGAAUCCACCCCCUGGUGCGUACGUUCCUCUUUGUAAACCUGACGGCAGUUACGAUGACGUACAGUGUCAUGCCUACACAGGUCUUUGCUGGUGUGUAGACGAGUCAGGGGAUGAAAUACUGGGAACUAGGAAGUGGGGUCGGCCUAGCUGCAGUAGACGCCUAUCAGACCACUCAAACCCAAUAGAUCUUGGCAUCUUGAUUGACGCUUCGGACUCAGUAACAAAUGAAAAUUGGCCAAAGAUGUUAGAAUAUGUUUCUACGAUUGUGGAUUCCUUUGAGAUUUCUGCCAGAGGAACACAUGUUGGAUUAAUUGUAUUCAGUCGUGGUGCAGAAAUACCUCUGUAUUUUAAUACUCUACAAGAAUAUAAUCUAACUGCCGAUAACGUGAAGAAAGUUGUGAGUAAUCUUAACUAUAAGGAGGGUUGGAGUCGUUUCGAUCUGGCUUUGUCAGUGACUGAAGAAGAGCUGUUCAACGGGGCAUCCGGAAUGAGAAACGAAGUACCUAAGGUCCUACUUGUCUUAACCAGUAGUAGACAGGAAAGAGGUGAAGGACCUUUUGCACCAUUGUCAGCUGCAUCGCAAGGUCUUAGAGAUAGGGACGUAUCCAUAUAUGUGAUCGGUAUUGGGGACGAAAUAGAAGUUCCUGAGCAAAUGGAUUUGGCCUCAGAUUACAGAAAUGUAUUUGUCACAAGUAAUUUCAACACUCUUCUUUCCAGUGGUUUGGUGGUAGCAGCCAUAAUAAGAAAUGACACCAAAGCCGUUUCAAGGGACUGGAUUUGCAACCUGCCUCCGGAGCCUGGUCAACUGGGAUGUCUCGCAUCGAUAACUGCACAUUACUUUGAAGCCAGCUUAGGAGAAUGUCAACAAUUUAUUUAUAGUGGAUGUGGAGGAAAUGCCAACAACUUCCCAACUUACGAAAAAUGCAUGAAUAAGUGUAAAGGCGUACUUCCUUCCUGUGUUGCUGAGCAGAGACGUGUCUCUGGUUUGCAAGUGGGUCACUUCGUUCCCAAAUGCAAACUCAAUGGCAGAUAUGCAGGCAUGCAGUGUUACAGAGAAACAGGAUAUUGUUGGUGUGUUGACGAGUACGGCAAUGAAUUGCAUGGCACCAAGGUCAAAGGAACCCCUAUUUGCAGCCUGGCUGAUGGUCAGUUAGCUUCCAGAAAAUUAACUCCUUGUCUUGAAGAAAGAAGAAAGGCUUUGGGUUUUAGUGGUGUUCCAUCCGUCGGAAAAUUUGUCCCUGAAUGUAAGCAGAGUGGAGAAUAUGCAGAGGUACAAUGCUUUAGAAACACCAACUUCUGUUGGUGUUCAGAUGGAAAAGGCUACGAGAUUCCUGGUACUCAUCGUUGGGGUACUCCGAAAUGCCCAUCUAGAGUUCAUCGGGGAGUGUGUCCAUUCGUGUCGGACUUGAAGAAAUGUCCAGCCGAAAUGAGCGAACAGUCAUGCUCUCAAGACAGUGAUUGCCCCGAAUUGUCAAAAUGUUGUUACUGUGGUUGUGUAAGGCGUUGUACGCCUGUUUUAUCAGAUGAACCAGUUGAAAUAUCAGAUUGUGCCUUUGAAAAUGUGAGGUCGCUUUCAGCGGCAUGCUCCCACGUGCAAGUCAAAGGCCGUUUCUUUCCAAAAUGUAAGGUUGACGGCAGUUACGAGGGAUAUCAAUGUCUUGAGUCUAGUGGUGUAUGCUGGUGUGUUGAUAGAGAUGGAAAUGAAAUCCCAGGAUCUAGACAAACUGGAAAACCUAACUGCACCAUGCAAGUUUCCAUGACACCGUGUCAGAUGGAGAAGAAGAGAGCUUUGACCAUGCGCAGUAGAACAUUAGUCGGAUUGAUUAUACCAAGCUGCCUAUCAGAUGGCUCGUUUGACCCGGUACAGUGUAACAAUAUGACUGGAUUCUGUUGGUGUGUUGACAAGCAUGGAAGCGAACUGGUUGGGACUCGACAAUGGGGAAUACCAAACUGUACCCAUAUAGAUAAAAAAAUGACUGUUUGUUCCUCCCGCCGGGAAGAAUGUCUCGAUGACGCUCCAAACGGACAUUUUGUUCCCCACUGUAAUGUCGAUGGUUCUUUUGACGAUAUGCAGUGUCUUCAAUUGACAGGAGAAUGCUGGUGUGUUGAUACAAACGGAAGUGAAAUACCGGGGACCCGAUCCAAUGAGAAGGUGGACUGCUCUGUAAUUGCCUGGCUGAGUCCGUGCCAAAUCCAGCGACGUCAGGCUCUAGGCCCUAGGAGUGUUCCAACUGUGGGAAUGUAUGUUCCUGAAUGCAAAGCCGAUGGAGGCUUCGAGGUAGUCCAGUGUCACAUGACAACAGGGUACUGCUGGUGCGUCGACGAGUAUGGCACUGAAGUAAAAGGGAGUAAAGUUAAAGGGAGACCCAGAUGUGGAAAAGGAAAAUUGUGUAAGAAGAAGUACAAUGAGAUACUGGCAUCCUUCCCAGAAACUCCUCUGGGGUUAUUUGUACCACAAUGUUUAGAUGACGGUCGCUAUCGAGCUCUUCAAUGCCAUGUCUCUACUGGAUUUUGUUGGUGUGUGGAUGAUUUUGGGAACGAAUUAACUGAGACACGAGUUAGAGGACGGCCUAAUUGUUCAGUCUCCAUAGAUCAUAGACUGACCUUGUGCCAAAGCCGCUACAACCACGUCUCGGACAUAAAUGAGCGUGGUAGGCCUGUGCCACUCUGUGAAAGGGAUGGAUCUUUUAAAACAACCCAGUGCAAUUCAGUAACCGGCGAGUGCUGGUGUGUUGAUGAGGAAGGAAACGAGAAGCCGGAAACCAGAAAAGUUGGAGAUCCAAAUUGCGAACCUAAAGAUGCUGAGACGAACUGCCAGCUACUCCCAGACAGAGGGAAAUGUGAGGUGUUUGAACCGGCUUGGUUCUUCAACAACACUGCCGGAGUAUGCGCAGUGUUUAUUUAUGGAGGGUGCGAGGGCAAUGCCAACAGAUUUACCAGUUAUGAUGAGUGUCAAGCAGGUUGCCAUGGCCGGAGUUUAACUUACUGUGAGUUGCAACGCGAGAUAAACACCGCGAGCUCCAAUGAUUUCAUUCCUCGCUGUAAAGACAACGGAGAUUUUGAGCCUUUGCAGUGUCAUCUUAAAUUAGGCGAGUGUUGGUGCGUAGACGAGUCUGGCAUAGAGUUACCUGAUUCCCGAACAGCUGGCGUGCCUGAUUGUAGCGAUAUAAACGAUUUCGAAGGACGAAGAAACAGGUGAAAGAUUACCACUGUAAAGAAACAAUUCAUUAACAACUGUAGCAUCCAGGCACUACUUGCAUUGUUUGCCAAAAAGUAUUGAAUAAGUGUUUCAUUUUUUUGGAAUACAGCAUUGCUGAAGCAGCCAAUAAGGCCCUAACGCUCUAAUCCUUAACAUUUUAAACUUACUUCGUUGAUUAACAUCUUUUUAACAAUUUCAAAGUUGGAAGUAAGCAUGUAUCCUACUUGCUCUCUGACGAGUUAAUUUUUUUGCCAUUGUACGGCUAAUAAUUAUUAUUAAAAACUCGAUCAUUCGAUAAUGCAA